UGAGACACAGCCUUUAGCAGGCUUAAAGAGUUCACACACUAAAGACUUAUCAACGAUUUAAUUGAAAGGUACAAACCUUCUUCCACGCAUGUUCCGGGUGUAAGGAGCUGGGUCUGCUUUGAGCAAGUACUCCUCUCUCCCCCCCCCCCAACCUCUCCUCUCCACCUUCCACCCCCCCUCGCCCCAUGUAAAUUUCAUGAUUGCUUUCCGUGAUGUCAUUUUGAAAAGGGACAGACAAUAGGCUGUGGGCAAAGAAAAUGAGUUCCGAGGCAAGUUGCUGAGUCAAAGGUGGACCCGUGGAGAAAAGAUCAACAGUUGCGAGACAGCAAGAAGAAGCCUCCACAGCAGACACAUCAAGAUGAGUUUAGAGAAUGAUGAUAAGCGAGCACGAACACGAUCAAAGGCAAUCAGAGUACCUACGGAACUCAUUGGCCAGGAGGUGAGCUGCCCCACCCCAGGAUGUAAUGGAUCAGGACACAUCCGUGGAAAGUAUGCAAGGCACCGGAGUUUACAAAGUUGCCCACUAGCAAAGAAGAGGAAACUUCAAGAUGCGGAGGCUGAACAUCUGGCGUCCAAGAGGAAGUCCCACCCCCUUAAGCUUGCCCUUGAUGAAGGCUACAAUGUUGACAGCGAUGGGAGUGAGGAGGCAGAGGCAAAAGAGGAGUCUAUGACGGACGAUUCCGAGGGCACGCUGGAGGAGGAAGAGGCUGAGACGAUAGACCAAGAGGAGACCUGCAGCAGCUCUCAGCCUGCAGAAGGGCAAAGCCCCCAACCCCCACUUUGUGGGCAAAGUGUGGGAACUGUUACACCCGGCCUGCUCAAGGCCAGCUACAACAGCUAUCAAGAAAUAAUUGCCAACUCUCUUUUAAAUCUAGGCCAAAUAGCAGAAGGAACUCUGGCUGCCAUGGGACAGGUGCCUGAAAGUGAAAGCCAAGUCUCCAAAGCUGGUGGGAAUGUUACGCACUUGGUGCAUGAAGGAGUGGCAGAGGAGGAGGAAGAGGAGGAGGAGGAGGAAGAGGAGGAGGAAGAGGAGGAGGAGGAAGAGGCAGUUGAGGAGGACUGUGAGAAGGAGAUCAUCAUCCAGACGGAAGACGCCGAGGAAGUCAUUGAGGUCACCAGCGAGCGCAGCAAUGACUUGUGCCUGGAACAUCGGGAUGAUGAGGUGAGCUGUGAAGAAUCCAGCAAACUCCAAAAAGGGGAAGAGGAAGAGGAGGAUAAUGAAGAGGAGGAGGAGGAAGAGGAGGAAGAGGAGGAAGAAGAGUAUGAGGAAGAGGAGGAGGAGGAAGAGGAGGAGGAGGAGGAAGAGGAGGAGGAGGAGGAAGAGGAGACAGCAACUGAAGUAAUCUGUGAAGAAGCUCCUCAUGCAUCUCAGGACUCCCCAAAAACCCACUGUGAAGGACAGAUGGUCAGCCCCAAACCUGAAUAUUCUGUUAUUGUGGAAGUGAGAUCAGACGAUGACAAGGAUGAUGAUUCCCACUCCCAGAAAUCCACUGUGACCGAUGAGUCUGAGAUGUAUGACAUGAUGACCCGGGGGAACCUGGGCCUCUUGGAACAGGCCAUUGCACUGAAAGCUGAACAAGUGAAGGUUGUGAGGGAGCCUGGCCAGCUGACGGGGGAACAUGUGAAACAUUUCCAGGUGGAGGAGAAGCAGAACAAAGCCCUGGACUCCAUCAGAAAGAGCUACUACAGCAAAGAUCCCUCGAGACCCGAGAAGCGUGAGAUCAAAUGCCCAACUCCUGGCUGCGAUGGCACAGGCCACGUCACAGGACUGUAUCCACACCAUCGCAGUUUGUCUGGCUGUCCGCACAAAGAUAGGAUCCCUCCUGAGAUCUUGGCCAUGCACGAGAAUGUAUUAAAAUGCCCGACACCUGGGUGCACCGGACAGGGCCACGUAAACAGCAACCGCAACACACACCGAAGCUUGUCUGGGUGCCCCAUUGCAGCUGCUGAAAAAUUGGCCAAAUCUCAUGAGAAGCAGCAGCCCCCAACCGGUGACCCUUCAAAGAAUAGCUCAAAUUCUGAUCGGAUACUCAGGCCUAUGUGUUUUGUGAAACAACUGGAGGUGCCUCAGUAUGGCAGCUACAGGCCCAAUAUGGUCCCCACCACGCCAAGGGCCAACCUGGCCAAGGAGCUGGAGAAGUACUCCAAGGUCACCUUCGAUUAUGCAAGUUUUGAUGCUCAGGUUUUUGGCAAACGCAUGCUUGCCCCAAAGAUUCAGACUAGCGAAACCUCACCUAAAGCCUUUAAAUCCAAACCUUUUCCAAAGGCCUCUUCCCCCGGCCACAGUCCCUCCAGCAGUUACAUGAAGAGCACUUCGUCUUCGUCCACAGGCUUCGACUACUCCCACGACGCCGAAGCUGCUCAUAUGGCUGCCACCGCCAUUUUGAAUCUCUCUACCCGCUGCUGGGAAAUGCCUGAGAAUCUCAGCACCAAGCAACAAGAUCUCCCCAGCAAGGUGCGGUCAAUGGACAUUGAGGUGGAUGAAAAUGGGACUCUGGACUUAAGCAUGAACAAGCACCGCAAACGUGAGAGCGCCUUCCCCAGCAGCAGCAGCUGCAGUAGUAGCCCCAGCAUCAAAUCCCCAGAUGUAUCCCAACGCCAAAACAGCACCAGUGCCACAAGCAGCACCAUGACCUCACCCCAGUCCAGCCACACAUCCCGCCAGGAUGAAUGGGAUGGCCCCAUUGACUACACGAAACCAAAUCGACAGCGGGAGGAGGAGCCAGAAGAGUCAGAACCUGCAGUCCGUUCUUUCGCCUCUUCUGAAGCAGAUGACCAGGAAGUUCCCGAAGAAAAUUUUGAAGAAAGGAAAUACCCUGGGGAAAUCACCUUAACCAACUUCAAGCUUAAGUUCCUGUCCAAGGAGAUCAAGAAAGAGCUACUCACUUGCCCUACCCCAGGCUGUGAUGGCAGCGGACAUAUCACGGGGAAUUAUGCUUCUCACCGCAGCCUUUCUGGUUGUCCUCUUGCUGACAAGAGCCUCAGAAAUCUCAUGGCUGCCCACUCUGCUGACCUCAAGUGCCCAACGCCCGGCUGUGAUGGUUCCGGGCACAUAACAGGAAAUUAUGCAUCACACAGGAGUCUGUCAGGCUGUCCUCGUGCCAAGAAAAGCGGAAUCAAGAUCACCCCCACGAAGGAUGACAAAGAGGACCCAGAGUUGAUGAAAUGUCCUGUUCCUGGUUGUGUCGGGCUGGGACACAUCAGUGGUAAAUACGCCUCCCAUCGCAGUGCCUCGGGGUGCCCCCUUGCUGCCCGGAGGCAGAAAGAAGGGUCUCUCAACGGCUCCUCAUUUUCGUGGAAGUCGCUCAAGAAUGAGGGGCCCACCUGCCCAACCCCAGGUUGCGAUGGCUCAGGUCAUGCAAACGGAAGCUUCCUCACUCACAGAAGUUUGUCAGGGUGUCCAAGAGCGACUUUUGCUGGGAAAAAGGGAAAAAUCUCAGGGGAUGAAAUUCUCAACACUAAAUUCAAGACCAGCGAUGUUCUAGAGAACGAUGAAGAAAUAAAGCAGCUAAACAAAGAAAUUAGUGAGCUGAAUGAGUCCAACACUGAGAUGGAAGCGGCUAUGGUGAAGCUGCAGUCACAGAUCUCAAGCAUGGAGAAAAACCUCAAGAACAUUGAGGAGGAGAACAAGAUGAUAGAGGAGCAGAAUGAGGCCCUCUUCCUUGAGCUCUCAGGGCUGAGCCAGACUCUGAUCCAAAGUCUUGCCAAUAUCCGCCUUCCGCACAUGGAGCCAAUCAGUGAGCAGAACUUUGACGCUUAUGUCAACACCCUUACUGACAUGUACACCAACCAGGAGUGCUACCAGAAUCCUGAGAACAAGGACCUGCUAGAAAGCAUCAAACAGGCUAUUAAAGGAAUUCAGGUCUAAUGAAAGUAGGACAAAGAAAAAAGAAAACAAUAAAUAAAUAAGGAAUUAAAGUAACUGGAAUAAUCUAGAGGACCUUCACUCUGCAUAUUCAGGUUUACAAGUUAAGAAACUUGUUGAAUGAAUGAAUAAAAACGGACCAAAACUUAACCAAGAGGCCAUUCACAAGAACUGAACUCAAUGUUUUCGUUUACUCCAUGGCAAACAGUGGGAGCUCUGUUUCUUUUUUCACCCCAUACCUUCGGAGUCAAAGAUGGGCUUUGAAGCAGAUGGAGAUCAAGGGUCUUCUCAGCCUGCUAGGCACCUCCGCUAACAAAGAAGGUUCCAUCGUAGAGUUAGUCCAAGGUUUAGGGCAUUCAGCGAACAGGGCUUUUGUCUGCACCACUGCAGACUCCACUGUGGGUGCCAUCUAUGGUCAUGUCCCCAGACAAUACGUGAAUUAUGUGACAUGUUACUGUACAUGAGAAGCUGGAGCUGCAGGCUAUCCGUCCAUCUGAAUCUGGGCUGGGAGUCUUAGACCACCAAGGAUUCCAAUAGCUGCCGGACACGAAAACUUGUACAAGUAUUAUAGAGUAGCAUUAUUUUUUAUUUUCUGAAAGAGCAGCUCUGGAUCUCCAGUGGAAAGCGCAAUGGAAAAAAAAAUACAAAAGGUUCUCAGGGAAGCUUUUUUGGAGUUUGAAACUACAGUAUUCCUUUGUCCGUCUUAAAAUAAAAAUUGAGAAUAGCUAUUAACGAACAGACCAAUAUCGGAACAUUUCAUAUGGAAGAUUUCUAAAUGUGUCAUGGUCCAGUGUACAUGAGUUUUGGAAAGUCCUUUUGCUGACCGUUCUGGUUCUGUUUGUUGUUGUGGUCACCGUUGAGUAGCAGCAAAGCACUGUGAACAUUAGUGCUGGAGACGUGUUUGAGGUGUGAUUAGGAACGAAGGGAAGUCUAGGAAGAGUCUUUACUCUCCACUAUGGACUUUGGCUGAUACAUACAUGAUAAUGUUUCUGGGUUCUCAGCUUUGUUUUCUACCUUUUUUUAUAAGUUUAACAAGACGAGAAUGAUCAUCAUUCUACAGAAGGAAAAGCUGGGUAUAGAUCUUCCAAAGAACCACUUUAUUUUGCUUUGCUUUUUGGGUUACCCCUUCGGUAUACUUAGUCCGCUGUGCACUUAAAAGAACUACAGAGAGUGAAUGUUUCUUCCAAACAAAUUUCUUCAGCACCUCACGCACUCAUGAUAUGUAUUUGAUGAAUUUGUAAAAGGAGAUAAGAGAAGUGGAGGAAGACGUGAAUAUAUUGAUUCAGCAGAUGGGUUCUCAACUCUUGACCUAGGAAACCUCCCCUAAGUCAAGAAAAUGAAUAGUUAAAGUUCUUUCAUAGUGGCUGGAGGUCAGGCGUGGGCCCAGUGGUGCCAUGCUAGUCUAGAGAGAUUGUGGGCGGGGACUGGUUCAUCAGGAGCCUCCCACAGCCAUCUGCAUUGUGCUGAUUGGCUGGAGGAUGACUAGCAUCUAACCAUAAGGCAGGGGCAUAGCCAUUGUGGCUGGGAAUGAUGGGAGUUGUAGUCCAACAAAAUCUGGGGAUCCCAAGUUUGAGAACCCCUGCCUAUAGGCCCAAUCCAAAUGCAUAAAAAUAUAUCUGUGAGGGAUCAGGAAGGAGUUCUCGUCUCCCCUGGCAACUACUCCUGCCUCCUUAUACAAGUCCUCCUCACACUUUGUGAACUAUGGUCCCGGCCUAUAUAAAAGCCAGAAGAUGUGAUAGAUCAACUUAACAUGUUCAAGUAUUAACCAUUAUCUUCAUGAUCUGUAAGAUUUUUGAUGGUGCUGGAAUUUCCCCCUCUUCACGGCAAUAAUUUAGUUUUCUCAUAAACAAAAACAACACCAUGAUAACUUCUAAAUAUAUUUUCGAGUCAGCUAGGAUGGCCUUGUUUGGGUUUUUCCAUAUUACAAAAGGGUGGGGUGGGGGGGCUGGAAAUCCGGGCUUCAUUGAAAUGAAUGGUAAAAAUUGUUGAUUCCAUGGAGACAAGGGCCACUAUCCAAAGAGUCCUUUGUGCGCGCCUAAGGCGCUUCUGGAAUGCACAUGAAGGGGUUGCCAAUUUUCCCCUUGGGGAUGCUGUCCCUCCCAACGCAUUGAAUGCUGCUCCAGAGAGUCCCCUCCCCACCUCAGAACCAACAUUUUAGAUGCUACAGAGGGUUAUGGUGGGAAAACAGACUGGUAAAAUACCACAUAUGACCCUUUGGAUCCCAAUCAAGGUUCUACUUGGAGUUGGAAACAUUGGGUUUCUGAGAGUGUUUUCAUAUGUGAGGCUUCUUUUAAUACAUGAAUUUUUAAGGCUCUCUCACACUGUUGGCGAGUUCACACGUCACACAGAACCUGCUUGCAGAGUCGUUGACUGACUAGCCUAUGACCAUCUGAACCCACACAAAGGCAGGAACCUGAUGUUCAUUUGGGGCCUCAAACUGAGAUGUGUAACCAAUAUUUGAAGUUGGCAUGCCAAACCAAGUGCUGUUCCCACUGAGGUGUGCAUUAUGUCUGAACCCACACUCGUCAUGAACCUCUGGUUUGUUCCAGGCAAGCCCACUCCCUUUGCCAUCGGGACCAGUGGGUGCAAGGUGGCUCAAGCCAAGCUGGCAUAGCAUCCAAGGCCUCCCUGGGAGGCCUAGCCAAAGCUUCCCAUCUCAACUGCGAACUUUGGCUCAACUCAGCUUCUUCCAAGAUAUGUGAUCAGCUGCAACACCAGCUUCAGGUCCCUUCCAUAUCUCAAGCUGCAGGAACCUCGGGUUCUGUGUUAUGUGUGAACCCACCCACCCCCUGCGGACAUGAAUGCCUGAUUAUUGUUAUUGUGGAAGAGAGGCAUUUGUGAUGCCAAUAAUCACCCUGGCCAGCACAGGUUUGACAUUCACAUUACAAUCCCAUCUGUAGAAAGAACUUCUUUAAGCCUCAAUGUGAAAAUGCCUUAAAAGCCUAAUUAUGCAUAUACUUAGGCUAUAAACUAAAACCCUUUGAAGUCAAUGAGAAGGCUCCAAAAGCGAAUGGAGCAAUCGGAGGGAAAAAUAAAAAGACGCGGGUGACUUUACUCAAAUGCACAGCCUUGUUGUAGCCUCCUAGAGCUACUCAUCUGAGUAAAGUGACUCCUUUUCCUAAAGAUGGUUACAAUACUGGGCUCUUUGACUCGGCUUAUUUCUAUAAUCCAUGGAAAGUGCAAAAAGAAAGCAAAGUAAAGAAAAAGGUUAAUCUGAAGUAUUAAAAACGCAAUGCUUUCAAUAUGUAAAUAGAGUCCAAUUUGGUGGUGAUUGCAGCUCAUUAGUAUUUAAGAGUAGAGAAAUUGCACUUCCUUAAAAGAAAAAGAAGGAUUGGGGGGGAAGUAGUUAGCUGAAUUUUCCUGUAAAUUACUUAAGGGUGCAUCUAAACAUACAUACCCUGAGUGAUGGAGCCACUCUGGAAGCGCACUUACUGCGUUUUGUUCAUAUGUACAAUCUUCUCCCCAGCUUCGAACUCAGAAGAAAACCAGUUCUGUCAGUUUGCACAACACUGAUUGGUUGGCAUCUAUGACAUCAUGAAGCCACCUCCCCAGGGAAGUUUUUCAAAUUUUAAAAAAUUGAGUAUGGUUUUUUUUUUUAACAAGGCACUCAAAUGUUAAAUCCGAUAAGAGUCACAAGUGGUGCUUCAACAAUGCUUUUUAAAAAGUGGACAGCUUUCCUGAAGCAUGGGGAGGUGCAACAUAGGCAGUUCAAUCAGCAUUAGCUGAUAAAUAGUCUGUCACAAGCACUGGGAAGCUGAGUUUGAGCCGCAGGAGAAAACAAAAACUCAGUGAGUCCUCUUUCUGUAUGCACCCUAAUUUGGGGUGGGGGGGAAUGUCUGUAAUUUAUAUUUGCAACAUCUUAUGUUUAUUUUAUUUUAUUUUUUGGCUAUUUAUUGAAUUUUUUAUUUAUUAAAUUUAUAUUUCUGUUGAAGCUGGACAUCACAUCAUGAGAAUGGAAAGGAGUUUUUAAAAAUCCCUGAAAGAAAUACAACUUUUUGAUCAAUAAAACAAUAAUAUUUCCUCUAAGAAGAGAGAAAAAAUUCUAACUUUUGCGUGUAAUUUUGAUGCAACCAAGUUAUUUUUUAUAUAUUUUUGUUAUUUAUUCUUUUAACAAUGGGAAUUUUUUUAAAGAUAUUUUAUAACUGAAGCGCUUUUUUAAGAAAAAACUUUUUUUUCGAUUUUAUUUUGGGUGGGGACAAAAUGCAGAAAGAGAGAGAGAAAGAGAGAGAGAGACUGAUUCCUUUUCUUUGUUUUAUUUUUCUUUUGUCUUCUUGGCGUUCCUAUUGUUUCAGGCACUGAUAACAGUUUUAAAAAAAAGUUAAAAACCUGUAAUUUAUUAUUUAUUUAAUAUUUAAAUUAAACAUAAAAAUUGAUCUGUG